ACUUUAGUUGUAAAUGGUGUGGUAUGCAAUUAUCUUUCUUUUUACUUAAAAUAGAGUAAUAUAUCAUUUAUUUAGACAUCCAGGUGAUGACACAUUGUGCAUUUUACUAUUAUUGGUGAAUUCAUAAGAUGUUUUUCGGUUUAUUUCUGUUCCCAAUCAAUUCCUGCCAUAUAAGUACUUCUGUUUGCUGUGCUUGGACAGUUGUGUAAUAAGCAUUCCUCAAAUGUUGCAUCGUAAUAACCUGUGGAAAUGUUUUGUCACCACAUUAAAGCUUAAUCUGCAGAAUCUAACAAAGCUUUAUAUAUUGUACUCCAAGUGGACUAAAAAGCUCUGUCCUCCUGUGUCAAGUUUAUUUAUUUUCAGCAUUUACUCAGUUCUAAUUAGUUAAACUAUGGUUGCUAUGAGACCAUUAUUAUUUUAUAAGUCAAAAUUCUAGCAAUGCCAUUCUAUGGCCAUUUUUGUAGAAGGCUAUACAGAAUAAUAUUUUCGUUAUCUUUAUUUUAUAAUACAGCUCAUCAACAUGUCUGUAAAUUUGUCCGAAUAUUUUAAAAGUUAUUUUGGGGAGAACCUUCGCGACCAGCUGGUGAAGUCCAAGUCUUUUGGAGGUGAAAUACUGGCACCUUCUUCCCGUUUGCUGCAGAAGACACGGGAGGCCAAGAUAGUCCACAAUGCCAUGAAUAUGCAAAAAGAGGACUUUGAGUCUACCAUUAGAGCCCUCAAAGUCCGCAAGAAGGAGCUCAGAGAGAAGGAGGACCAGAUGAAGGAAUAUCUGCAAAAAUUUGACAACUUUCUGAAGGACAAUGAGGUGAAGCGCUGUCGAGCUGUGAAGAAGGCGGGACGGGAGAGAGAGCUGACCAAUCAGAAGCAGGCGGACCUGAGGGCCCUCCAGAUGGAUGUGAAAGCUCUUGUUGAAGUGCGAGAUAGUCUGGAGAAACGAGUCAACAAAAAUGCCAUCUACCCCCAAUAUCUACAAAAAGUGGUACAAGCCAGUGAGCAGUUUCAGGAGGUUCGGCAGGUGAUGUCUCGCUACGACACUCUGACGCUGACCCGAGAGGACCUGGUCCUCACCACCCAGCAGAACCAGGACAGCACAGAGAACUCUAGGAGCCAGCUAGCCCGCUACAUGGAGCAGAGCCACGACACCCUGCUGCACUACAACAACACUCUAGCCCAGCUUCAGAGCCAGCUGGACAAGGCUCGCGCUGACGGCCUGAUCUGGGAAUCAAGAUGGACCCACAUACAGAACACAGCUGCCAAGAAGACGCUGCUGUUGGGUACAAUCAAGAUGGCUACCCUGAACCUUUACCAGAGUGUGUGCAAGAGGAGCAAAGACAGUGGUGAAACACCUGUAGCCCCAGACGACACACUCAAACAGCUGGAUAAGGUACAGUUUAAUGUGUACAGAAAAGUAUGCCCUUAUUGGAUGGUAAAGUGGCCAUGGACGAACACCGGAUCCACACCGAGGAUAUGUAAUUCCUGAUAACAUAAUGUGUAGCAAGCUAUACUCUUCCUACUUGGUUAUUGUCUGUCCAGUUUGUCCAGUGUCUUUCUAGUGUGUAGUACUAUUUUUGUAUACCUUAUAAUUUUGGAAAUCUAUCAUCCUGCUAGAUAAGCUAGCAUGUCUCUAUGGUUUGGUUGUCCUGG